UUGCGGUUGGAAAGAUCACAAAUGUCAAAGGAAAAUGAGGUUAUUGCAAGCACUGAGUGUGGAUCUAAGGCGGGCCUACAGCUCAAAGCCAAGUGUGCCUAUUAUUGCAGCCAAACACCCAUUUAAAUUGGAGGUGAAGGCAGGAAAGGUUUAUCCGUGGUGUGUAUGUGGUCAUAGCAAGAAACAGCCUCUGUGUGACGGUUCUCACCGGACUGCAGCACCUGACCUUGCACCCCUGCGUUUCACCCCUACUGAGGACAAGACAUUAUGGCUUUGUGGCUGCAAACAAACAAAAAAAGCUCCUUACUGUGACGGAACCCACAAACAGAGCCAUGUCCAGAGUUUUGUUCCGGAGUCUGGUACCUAAAGCACUGACAUGCAUGGUAUUCAUCUGUACACAGUAAAAUGGAUUGUAAUAAGCUCUGCCUCCUGGAGGGAUGUGGCUCAGCCCUUCAUAAUCAAACUGUUAAUUUAUCGCUGAUUGCAACGUUUAAUCUUCAAUAGAAUUCUCUGGUUUCUUGUGGAAAUCUUAAAGGCAUUUAAAAGACAUGGCAUAUACAGAAAAUGUCACUUAACGCACAUAGAUGUAUAGAUACAUUUUAAGACUUGUCUGUUUAUGGAUCAUUCUAAGACAACACAACUUUUUAGGAUAUGCAGGUCACACAAGAUGCAGAAAUAGAAAAAAGUAAAAACGGCAGUUGUAAUGAAAGCUGUGUUCUGAUUGGGUGCUUUCAUCUAAAUACAUCUACAAUUUAAUUUCUGGUCCGUAAACAGAGAACUUCUAAAUAAGUGAACUAUUUCAAAAUGCAUGCUUUAUAUAGAAAUGUAUAUAUUUUUUUUUUUUUAAAGCAGGCACAUGUUUUAAUUUUAUUAUUGCAUACAUUUCAAACUAAUUUAAUAAGUUCACUUUUAUGCAACAAUAUAUGUUUAAAGGGAUUCUCUGGGCACCAUAACCACCUUCUCUCAUUAAUGUGGUUAUGGUGCCUGGAUUCCUUAGGUGUUUUUCCAUGAUUCACCUGUUGGAGGAGUGGCUAAGUUGGAUAUCAUUAUUCUGCAUUUAUAGCCUGAUAGAACUCAGCUCUGAUGCUAUCAGUCUCUCACUGCUGGCCAUUGGUGCCUGGGUUCAUGGAAGAUGGUUUAACACUGAACAAUGUCAUGGUGCCAAGAGUGUCCUUUUAAGCAGUACUAUUAAGACAUUUGAGAACUAAAUCAGUAUUUACAGAGGAGACCAGUGUACUCUGGGGAAAAUUAUUCCCUGAACUCGUCUCCACAAGUGCUGGUGGGCAAGUCAUUUUUCUCUGAAAGUAUAAGAUUGAUGCAAAUGUUUUGGGCAUGUCUAACAAAGUAACGUGUUUUUUCUUUUAUUUCUCUCUCUGAGUGAAAAGUUGUUAAUAAUCCUUUUCACUGCUAAAUUUAAAGGAACAAACCAAGGACCAACACCACUAUAAGUUACAUUACAGACAGGAGGCACUUCCUCCUUAAGAUCUUAACAAAUCUUCCCAUUUGAUGUCGCGAGCAGUAUGGGUAUGCUGAAUGCGGCUAAUGCUUCUCAUAGAGAAACAUUGGAUUCACUGCUUCUGAAUGAGAAGCAUUGGAUUUGUGCAGCACAGCAACUGUAGCACAUGCACUAUAUGUAUCCAAUGCUUUUUGAGGAGAAGAGUGAUCUCAGUACUCCGAUAGGAAGCAGCAAGUAGUGUGUCCCUGCAUUGGAUUCCAGGCAAGUUUGAUUUUGCUCUCCCCUUAAACAAAAAGGGGGCUGCAUCUAAACACAGGAAAACAUUGAACUCUUUAAAAAAAAAAA